UGGAACGGGAAAUUAAAUUAAAAAUCGAUAGUUUUCGCUCAAAACAUGAUAAACAACCACAAUUCAUUUACAGGUUAGGUUUAUCAGAAAUGUGAUAAAAUUAUUAUUUUGAUUUGACAUUGUGGCAUAUUUACAAUCUUAAGACGGAAUUUGAUAAAAUGAACAGUGUGGGAUUGCAAUGCACUGACCUAAAACAGCAGUAUGAUGCUUGUUUUCAAACUUGGUUCACCGAAAGAUUUCUUAAAGGUGACAUGAAUGAUGAAAUAUGCGCACCAUUAUUCAGGGUUUAUCAGCAGUGCCUUAAGAAAACCAUGAAAGAGAAACAGAUUGAAUUCAAAGAGGUUGACAAAGAUCAUCUGGGAACGGACAAAGAAUACAAGUCUCCAAAAGAGAACAAUCAUAACUAAUUGUGUGUGAGUGCGCGCGCGAAUGUGUACGAUAGAAUAUCAAAUGAAACCCUUGUACAUUAUUUUGUGUUCAUUUAUAAGGUAUAAUCUUUGAUUUGGGAAAUGUUUUGUUUCAAAGGAUUCUAAGGUUGGAAAUCAUUACUGGAUACAAAAAUGCAUCAAUUACAAAUUCAAUUAAUCAAUUUGAUAAUAAUUAAAAUAACUACAAUUAUUAGUAAUAAUGAUGAUGAUAAUGAUUAAAAUGAUGACAAUGUACAUUUUUAAAGAAUUAAUUUCAUUGCAUAAAUGAUAUGAUAUUCAAUUUAUACAUAAUUCAUAUUCAAAGAAUAAAUCUAAUAAAAUAAAUUUUUAAUCUAUCAACUAACUGAAUGAGUUAAGAUAUUUCUCAGACUUCCAACUAAUCAAUGUGAGUAGGCUUUAAAACUGUACCCAAUACACAGAAAAGAGAGACUGAAACAACGAUGAGCAAGCAAGCCUCUAAAAGACCUAUACACAGUAGCGGUUAACCCACAACUAACUAAAUUGUAUGUAACAAGCGUUCUAGAUGUCCUUUCUACUGCAUUCUUGUAGAUGCAUCGAUUUCCGUCAUCACUGACUAGAAAUUAUCGACAGUUGAUGUGAAUUUCACCUUAUUCAAGAAAAAACACAGCUCAGCCUUUUCCUAAUAUUCUAACAUCGGUGGCUGUAUUCUAUGAUCACUAAUUCGACUUGAAGCAAAUGCACACAGCAAAAGAUGGAUUAUGCAGACUUAGACAGACAGACGGAGGAAAACUCCCUCCCAGGUGUUUGAAUGUUGCAACGCACAGAUACGUCUCUGUCUGUCUGCAUUAUGUCUGCUCACGUCUGCAUGCAGAAAUUUGAUUUUCUCUCCGUCUGUCUUUUUCUGUGUGCGUUCACCUUUAGGCUAUUCUGAGUGGCCAUUGACAAGUACUGUAUUGAUAAAAACGACUUCUUGAAUCUCUAUCACAUCCACCUAUCAAUAAUUGAAUAGACUUAUCAACCAAUAAUAGACUUAUUGAAUCCACCUAUCAACUAAUCUCUAAACUUUUCGAAUAAUCAAAAUUUCAAGUUUUCUUUUGAAACAUUUUAACUUAGUAGGAUAGAAAAAUAGUUCAGUGUUUUUGUUUGAAUAAUUUGAAUGAAUGGAACGAAUUCGUGUGAAUUGAAAGAAAAUGACAUAACAAAUUGUAUGAUAUUAUAAACAAUAGAUUCUCCUAAACUUCCAAUCUCCUUUGAAAUUCAUUUUCUGGCAAUAUUAAAUUCUAGAAAAGUUGUAAGGAAAUUAUAGUUGUAAGGAACUUAUCUUUUUUAAUAGUGAAAUAUAUGAAGCCUAAAUUAUUUAUCUGUUUUAUAUGUUUAUUAUCUCUUGGUUGAGAAAAUAAAUUAUUUUUUAUAAUUCAUUAAUUUCAAAAUUCAAUCUGGUAUUGGUUGUUUUUGUUAAUUUCAUGGUUGUUGAACUACCAUCCUCCAUUGGCUAGUUUUUCUCGUAUGCUGUAAGUAGAGUAUAUCUAACUUAAAAAUCUGGCUUGUUGAGAAGGCUUUUAAUGCGAGCUUCAACAUCGAUUGCCAUUUUUAAUUUUAAUUGUGAAUUAACAUUCUAUUAUCAUAACUUGUUUAUACUACCAUGUAAUAAUGAGUUUAUAGCAAAUAUGAAAGAAGGAUAAAAUUGUUUAUGUGUAAUUGUGUUACAUUAUAAUAUUAUUGUUAAACUAUAAAUACAUUUUUUCGAACUGAG